ACCUUCCUGGGGUACGUAGGACACUGCGAGGCACUCGUGCAGCUAAGGAUUUAAAUAAAGGUAUGUCAAGGAUCUUACACAAGCCAAUUGUGCCUUUGGUUAUUGUCACCUACUUAUGGGAAAUACGUUGUUCGCAGGGAACGGUAAUGGAUCUGUCGAGCUCCUCACUUUGCAGUUAUAGAAAGAUGAAGAGGAAAACUGCACCGAACAAACGACUGGCUGUCCUUCUUCAUAUGACAAGGUUAUUUUUCGGUGUAAUGGUACUGACCCCAUCUAUCUAAUGGAACGGAUCCGAAUUGAGUGAUAUCAUGUACAAAGAUCCGGAUGGCAUUAGGACUCGUCUCUUGUCAUGAAAUUAUUAUGGUUGCGUUCCAAGAU